AAUGGAUGGAUCCUGGUAGAGAAUGGUGGAGACGAAUGGAAAAUAGAAGAGACGUUUGCAGCCCUUCCAAAUGACAACAAUAAGAAAUGCUUCGCCACCUCUUAUAGGUUGUGUUUAAAGCAACAGCUGAUUAAUUUAAAAAAAGAGGGUUACAGUUCUGCUUUCAUGGAUCAUCUGCAACCUGACAUCAAAAUAUCAGACUGGUACGCCCCACGCUGGGAUUGCGGGUGUCAUUAUGAGAUCUGUGUAGAGCUGCUUGAUCAGGAAAAGAAACCCAUCAGUGUCUUUCAGCCUGAAAAAGUUUUCUUUGAACAGUGGAAUGAUCAACGAUGGUGUCAAAUGACACACGUCUUUAAGAAUUAUGGACCUGGAGUUCGGUUUAUCCGUUUUACUCAUGGAGGAAUGGAUACAAAGUUCUGGGCAGGCUGGUAUGGAGUAUGGGUUGUAAACAGUAGUGUAGAGAUCUGACAGCUGCAUGGAGAUAAACGUUGUUUUAUUAUAUAAUAUUUUUUAGGUCACUAAUGGACAGCAUGAAAGUUUGUACUGAUAUGAAGAAUAUAUGGAUCAUUUGCUUCUUGUUUGUUUGUUUGUUACGUUCUUUUAUACAUCAAAAUUUAACAAUUUCUAUAACAAGUAAUUUUAUGACUAAAUUGUUGUUUAUUUUUAUAAAAACUAUGACACACAACAGUUUCACGUCAUAGACUUGUAAUUUCCUAUAUUACAUCAUGCAAUGCAUUUUAUGAUAUGUGUUAUACAGAAUAUACAGUAAAAUAACAUAAAAGCCAUAAAGCAAAUGUAGAAUACUCCCUCAGCACUUUCAAAUGGAGCCAAGUGACAAGAAAUAAGGUGUGUUCGACUUCAUGUGGCGCUGCAAAAACCUACAGCCGGAUGACAUCGAAGUACCACGAGAGCGAGACGAAAUUAGACUUCAUAUGAUUUCUCUAUUCGUUCUCGCGGUACUUUGACAUCAUCCGGCUGUCGGUUCUUGCGGCACCGCAUAAAGUCGAACAAGCCUAACAACUAAUAAGAUGGCAGUUUUGUGAUGACAUUUUGUGUUGUUUUUUAAACUUUUAAAUUAAAAUCUGUUCCGAUUGUGAUAAUUGUUUUGACAAUAUUAAAGGGGACAUUUCACAAGACUUUUUAAAGAUGUAAAAUAAAUCUUUGGUGUUCCCAGAGUACAUAUGUAAAGUUUUACCCAAAUUACCAUAUAGAUAAUUUAUUAUAGCAUCUUAAAAUUGCCAUUUUGCCUUUUAAAUCCAAAUAAAUUAAUCUCUGCACUCUUGGAUAGUGCAGUUUAAGGAGCUUACCCCCUUCUGACAUCAAAAGGGGAGGCAAAUUUCAAUUACCUAUUUUUUCACAUGCUUGCAGAGAAUGGUUUAUGUAUGUUGGCCAUUUGAUGUUAUAGUAAAUAAAAACAAAUAAAAUAAAUUAUUGAAAA